AUGCGCUCGUCUUGGUCUCGUCCCCUUGUGUUGCCUUUCCAUCCACAAGCACGAGCAUACUAGUAGCCGUCAUGCGCGCAUCGAUUACGACUGCUGCACUUGUAUUCGUACGAUGUAUCGCAAGCGCACAGACGCAAACAUUCAACAAGCGCGUCGGACUCGAGCCGACGCUCGACUGCAUACUCACUGCCAAAGUCGUCACUGCUGAUCCGGCCAUGCCCAAGUCAGCCGUCUACCCGCUUGUGUUGCAUCGCGAUCAGGCUCAGCAGCUGUACACCUCUAUGGACCUCACAGGAUUUAAGCUCAACGAUCCCCAGCCCUACAAUGCUGUUGACCAACAGAUCAUGGGUGACGCGGUGACGACAAUCUUCACGGCAAAUGCCACUGCUCUCACCGGCCCGCCAAAGCUCUCAUACUUCUUCCUCCAGAUCGCUCUCUACUACACCCAAGGCAAGUCAGACCUGCAAUACGAAGUCGAGCAAGCCGCCGCAUACGGCCUUUUGGGAAACGCCGGCUAGUCCGUCGAAUUAACACCCUGACCUGAAUCGAGCUAAAUCUCGUCAUAACAGCGUGCCGACACAGCCAACGGGCGGCGCUUACCCAUAUAGCAUGACUUGCAAUGGCGCUUCCGUGCCGAUCCAUG